AGCACUCCUGGUCUUAAAAAAGGCGGUACUGUCUUUCACUGCGAUGUCGAGGGGCGUCUGAUUUCGGCAUGAUACAGACAGUUCUUUUUAGUUGAGAUAAAAAAAAGUUAAAAAAAAGUUCCAGGCGCCAGCCCAAGUGAAAUAUAUAGAGAAAUUGGUAAAAAAGGCAACUUGCCACCUGCUCCUUAUUACAAAGUUUAAAUACUAACUGGCAAUUGCGACUUUUACGGCAACAAAUCGCGGGACGUUUUUAAAACCAGCAAUUCAGCACGUGCAAACUGCACAUCGUCUGGUUCUGUAUUCUGAUGUACAUAUAUGCUGGGUACAGACGAGCAGAAACAAGACCAGCAGGAUCGCUGACGAUUUACCUUGCAGUUGCAAAGCUCAGAGAAGUAGCAUUCUGACACAGUACUGCACCGAAAAAGACGACGUUUGCAGUCAGCAUGGACCAGCGGCCCAACCUUACUUUCAACGACCUGAUCCGAUUGGCUCUCCUGUCCCAGCCGGAGGGUCAAGCCACCUUGGGUCAGAUCUACGACUUCAUCGAGCAGUCCUACCCAUACUACAAGGAGGCCACGGAGUGUCGGUUCUGGAAGAACUCCAUCCGGCACAACCUGUGCAAGAGUCGACAGUUCCGGAAAAUCAAGGAAGCUAAUCUGGAGGAAAGUGGUAAACCAUACAAGCGAGGCAGUGCAUUGUGGGAGCUGUGCGAUAUUGGCUUGGUCGUCCAGGGGGGAUCAAGUAAGAAGUUCCGACCAAUCAGAAAGAAGUCCAGCUCGAACACAAGGGCCGACAACCCAGCCAGGCCCAGCUCUGUGGAUUCUACCGGUACCAAUAUGUCAAGCUUAGAAAUCUAUAACCAUCCGUAUCCAUGGCAACCAUAUCCAGUGGCGCUCACCCAAUCACAUCCUGCCAUUGACGUGCCGAGUACUGGCAACUAUACAGCCAUUCCCAAUUCACCGAUUCCAGCCACCGAGACAUUUUUCAAACCAUGGACGACCAGCCCCGACCACUCGCUGUCAAGUUCCCAUCUGGAAGCCCCUCAACUGGAGGAAUUAGGAUCGCCCUCCUUGGGCGAAUGCGGCGAUCCUACACCACCCCAGUUGACAUUGUUAGGACAGAGCCAUUCCAUCAACGGGGGAGUCCUAGACCCAGUCGGGGGUGCUUGGAGUAGCUCCACGACUGAGGCACUUCGAGCUGCCAGCCCGGCGUCCAUAUUGGCGGACACAGCUCUGACAACAAGCUACCCAACCAGUCGUUCGAUGCCUCCAAACCAACAUAUGUACUCUGAUGGUCUUUUCUGGUAUUCAUGGUACUCAUUGUGAGCUAAACGUUCCCAAACACAUGCAUCCAAGUUAUUGGCAGACUGAAUCUGUUCACCGUAUCAUUUAUGAAAAAAAGAAAGAUAAAAGAACUACAGACUUGAGUAUAUUCAUUUAACCCGAUUAAAAUGUGGAUUUUUUUUCUGCAUUGCAAAGAAACUGCCCAAAAAAUACCAACCUAGCAAUUUCGAGCACAAUAGGAUCUAGAGCUUGACAAUAUAGAAACUAGCCUUCCCAAAUUGGGUCUAGAACUGUGCCUUUAUGCGUUUCAAAUCUUUUACUUGAUUCUAUUGGAUAACUAUUCAAUGCAGAAUCAAGCAGUGUUUUUCGAACAGCUCACGCAUAAUUUAAAAGCACUUGUAAUUUGAAGCCCUUUUUCCAAGAAGUCACCCAAGAAAAUGUUAUUUUACGGCAACCUUUGAUUUUUGUGUACAUACAUGUAAAAAAAAAUAUGAAUUUUGUUGUGUAUGCUUUUUUCACAUUAUCAUUAUUGUUUUUGUGUGUAUUUUUUAUAUCAGAAAAGUAAUAAACAGUUUAUAAAUCUAA